AUGGGACGCGAGCCGGAAGUUCGUAUGGGCACGAUCGAAAACGUGCCACGCGCCAUUCCGAAUGCAAAAGUUACAUUUGAAUAUAAAGAGGUUCUGUUACACGACCUGUCACGAAACUGUUUCGUUCGUUUCACAGUCUGCAGCAGCAAAGAGUUCAACGAAGUGGCGUUUUAUGCGAAGAAUAUUUUCGGUGGAUGCGUCAGAAGAUGCUAGCCUUGUUAAAGCAGCGAGGCACGAUUUCCACAGCGAAUCGCGCGAAGCAUGUUUUCCUCGGUAGACCAACAGAUUUAUGUAGAUGUUUCGCAAGUGCUAUGCAAAAAGAAUGUAGCAACACAUUAGCUGGAAAGACGGAUAGUUGCAGAACGUAUUUGGUGGUAUUUUUUUUUUUUUUUUUUUAUCAUCAUGUUGGUGUUUGCGUAAGGAUAACAAUAGAUAAUGGAGCCUAGGUCACAGGUCAAUUGAUUUAUAAUAUUGAUAAUCCUACCAAUAGAAAAUUAAUCUAGACAUUAAUGGAUGUUCUAGAAAUUUAAAUGAUGUGGAUUGAAUCUCAUUACUUAUGAAAAAAUUAAUUAAUUAAAAAUUACCGACACGUGGAACUGCACAUUUAUUUAAUUAUUAAAAUUAGAGGAGGAGGAUAUUUCUCUCAUUGCCAGACAAAGAAAGAAAAGCCAAACGUGGCUUGUGUUGCUCGUUUAGGAUUUCUUCAAGUAUGA